AGCUUCAGGACCGCGCCGCGCCGCCGCGGGCCCUUCACGUGCUCGGAUACCCGUGCGGGAAAGCUUGGCAUGGCGCUGCCGCGACGUUCCUGAUCUUCGCGUUGGUCGUCGUGCAUCUCCACCUUCGAGUGGGAUCUGCUGCUGUGGAGAUGCCGCGCUGCCGCUCCUUGGUGGUUGCUUUUGCUGCUAGGAGGCCUUUGCCUGGCGCCUAAGCCCGCCGGCGCGAGCGGGAUCGUUACUACGUCACCUCGCACAGCGCACCCAAUCGCACCUUCGUGGAGGUUGACACCAUCGACCGCGACGACAUCAAGAGGAUGGCGCGAGGCAGAGCGUUUCAUCGCCAAUUUGAUGCCAGCUAGCUUGCGGGCGGGUGUCCACCCGUUUUCAUCCAGUAAGGUGGUUGCUCACCUUGCCCUCCGACGUGGUGAUUUUGUUCGCUGACGUUUCUGCAGGACCGUCUGGUGGCCGUGCCCAUGCUGGACACCGGGACCUCGCUGAAGAUCGGGACCGUGCUGGCGUUUUGACCCCCGAUAGACAUGAGGAUCACGCUGGAAGACAGGAUUCUGCGGGAAAUCCCGCGCGUGCUGGUUUGCGAGACCGUUCUGCUGCUCUUCGCCCUCGCCGGGAUGAUGUUCCUGUCGACGACGUUCCUUGCGCUAGUGUUGCCGUUUUGGGUGGCGAACUGGCCGUCCGCCCCCCGCCUGGAGUUUACCGUCGGCUACACAGUGCUUACCUCUGACAGCGCGGCGCACACCGACGAGAUCACGCACCCGAUGGCCUUUCUCAUCCCGUGACUGGUUCAGAUUUUGUACACGCUGGACGCGCUCAUCCGCAUGCUGUCUACACACCUCGUCUUCUACCCCGUCGUUGCGAAGCCCAUGAAUCAGGAGUCCAGGCAGGAGGAGUCCCACCACCUGAGCCGCGAUUUCUCUGCGUCCUUCGUGCCAGACUUGGACUUCGAGUCCAAGUUCCGCGCGUUCGAAGCGAAAGCUGCCCGCGAAUGGCCUGGUGAACGGCCUUCUAAAGAUGGUGCUCCGCCUGGUGGUGCCCUGCCUGUUCUUCAAGGUUCGGGUGGGGCCCAUAGCGGUCCGAGGGCGAGUCUGCACGGUGCUCGUGCGGACCCUCUCCCUGGGCGUGAUGACUCUCCCCUGGCUCCACUAUCUGCCUGUGGUUCUCCUCGCGUCGAUGAAGGGCCUGCUCAGAUGGUCGCUGGCGGCGUCCGCCGCGUCCUUGACGGGGUGUUCAGUCAAGCUGGACCCCAAGACGCUUUGUGCGCUCAUCGUGGGGACCUUCCCGUUGCUGGCGCAGCUUCCGAUGGAGCCGUUUUGCGUGGGCAUGCUCGUGCUUAUGCGCCCGCCGCUGCUCGUGGCGAUGGUAUGUUGCUUCCUGGUGUUCGUGCUUCUGGCCGUGCCGAUGCCGCUUUCGAUCCUGGCUUGGGCGAUGGUGGUGGCUGUCUCGCUCGGGAUCCUCGCUUUCCUCAAUGCGACGACUGCGCAACUGAAGACGCUGACUUCCUUGCUGGAGACGGUGUUCCGCAUCGGGAUCUUGCUGUUGAUUCGGCUGUCGAUUGUGCUCUUGUUCCUCCUGUUUCAGAUGCCGUCGGCGCGGUCUCGCGCCGCGCUGCCUUCUCGCGCUCGCAGCUCCUACAGCCGCGACAAGUUUUCACGAUUAUUUCGGCUACAAAACUACUUCGGCUCUUCCGGCAUCCACCUGGACGACGCCACCGCGUGCUUGAGGGGCUCGGCGCGGCAGGCGACUUAGGCGGGAUGGGGAGUCCGAUUGGAGACGGUCGCUCUUCCUC